ACGUGUUACGUGAUUAUGCGUAAUGAAUUGUAUGUCUUCGUGAUACUGACGCAAUCGCAGUCUUGUAAUACCGAAAAUGGAUCAAAAUUCGUUUCCAUCCUCUGGCCUAUUUGGUUCAUAUGGAGCUUAUUCUUCAGGUGACCCGUCUCUCAACAUACCUGUUACAUCAGGAGCCAGCGGUUCCCUCUCACCAUACCUGAAUGUCGAUCCCAUGUAUCUGAAUCAGGGUGACUCCCAAUUCAUCAUCCCCAAUGGCCAAGCUAGGACGAGAGGAAGAUUUGAGUUGGCUUUCUCUCAAAUUGGUAGUUCAUGUCUUGCAGGGGCAUUGUAUGGAGCUGUGAAUGGCCUUCGUAUAUCAGGUGUAGAGACGAAAGAGCUUGCCGGCAGAGUACGCAUGUCACAAAUGUUAACACUGGUCACUAAACAAGGAGCCUCUUCUGCAAAUUCUAUAGGAGUAGUUGCUCUUAUGUACACAAUCUUCGGUAUUGGUCUUUCGUGGAGUAGAGGAACAGACGAUGAGAUUAACACGUUAGGUGCUGCAACCAUGACUGGAAUGCUCUAUAAAUCUUCAGCUGGGGCGCCUAAGAUGCUGCGAGGCGGAGCCGUUGGCCUGACUCUCGCUUCAGUGUACUGCUUGUACCAGAACAGGGAUAAAGUGUCAUCCAUGAUGUCAGGAAACAAUUCCCAGUACUAGACCAUCAUCAUCAUCAGAUGCUCAGGUUGAACUGUAUUUAUAGAGAAAGACUUUUGGAUGAUCUAGACGUGGACAAUACACUGCUGCACAUUGGAUAUCAAUCAUGCUUCUGAAUUUUAACGGUUAAAUCAAGUCCAGGCUCUUUCAUUAAUGGGCGUCAGCUCUUCAGCGGAGUCUUGAAGAUGGUGUUGAUUUAAUGCAACCGUUACGGCCCAAGAAUUCAUGGUAUUUUGGUUUUCGAAUGACUAUUUUUUUUCACCGCACUCUGAUUAGAUAAGAGAAAAUUGUACUCAUCUGCAGGCCAAGAUGUCUCUCUGCGCGAGUCAAAGUCACUGGCAGGAGAAAUACGUCUGCAGCCAUCUACUGUCAAGUCAUGCACAUUUGUGGAUGUUACAGAUUUCAUGAUUCCUUUUCAAGGGCUCAACUGGUUUACAUAAUGUUUGUAAAAUUGGCAACAAUAAUUUUUUUCUUUUAUUGCUUUAAAGUUAAAAUGAAAUGUUAUGUCUCUGAAAAUCAUGUACAUGGGCAAGGAUGUGGUCGGGAAGUUGACGAAAUUGCCAUUUUUGAUCGUAAAACAUUGAUUUUAAAGCCUCGAUUGUGUUGCUAAUUAAAGGAUCUAAAAACUUAUUUUCUUCUUUAAAAUUCAUGGCAUCUAAUGCAAUAUACAUGUAGUCAUGAAACAUAAAUGGAUGCAGUGUGUGAAGAAAUUUUUGCCUUUUCUACUCGUGUAUCUGCCAUACAUUGAUGGCUCUGAAGCCUCUGAAUAAAAAAAAUUAUUGAGUAAAAGGAGGUGUAGCAUAGGAAAUACUGUUUAACACUAUCUACAACUUCUUUUGGACAACUGUGCUAGCGUUCGCAAAAUUUAGUUGUAUCAUACCCGAUUGGCCCCGAGUCAGGCCUCGGGAAAGACAUAGUGUCGACAUACCAAAUCCCAUUUAAACCACAAAAUGUGGAAUGAUUGUUGCAAAAGGGUUCAUGGCUUCUCUUUUACAUAAAAUUUACUUCAGCUAGGCCCCGUUGUUUUAAACUGAAUGUGCAACAUAACGUGAAAACAAUAUCAACUACUUCCGAAAUAUCAACUCAUGGAUUUGUCAUGUUCAUUCAUUUCAAUGGGUAACACAUAAGUCUAUUCAAAUCGCUUGAAGUUGAUUUUUAGAAUGUAGUUAUGAUUGUGUUCAAGUUAUAGCUACUAGAAAUGUUGCAGUUGUUUUUGGUGACACGCUUUAUCAACGUUUCCCAGAGUUCUAUUCAUAGUUUUUCAUCAAUCUGUAAAUGUUCAGCAACAUCUGUGCCUGGAACGGCAUGUGUAAUCGUAAUCACUGUUUACCCUGUGAUCGGAUUGUUAAGUUACUGUCGAAGAUGGACUUGUUAAACGAAUAUCAAUAUUCCCACAGCACUUUAUGUGCAUGAUUUACAUAUGUUGGGAAAAGUAGAAAAACACGUUUACUGUAAAAGUACCACUAAAAGGGUUUGGUGGUUUAGAAAAAAGUUUGUUGGCCCAGAUUUUACUAACAUUUCAGUAAAAAUUAAAU